GCAUGGUUUUUUACAUAGAACUAACUAAGAGACAAUAGACAUAACUUAAGAAGAAGAAAAAUGGAGGGUCUUAUGAAGUUGUUGUGUCUUGUUGGUUUUGUAGUCCUUGUUGCAGGGAUUCAUGGAGUUGAAAGUGCUGGUGAAUGUGGAAGGGGUACAACACCAGAUAAUGAAGCUUUUAAGUUAGCACCUUGUGCUAGUGCAGCAUCUGAUGAAGAUGCUAACGUGUCUCAAAGCUGUUGUGCUCAGGUUAAGAAACUUGGUCAGAAUCCAGCUUGUCUUUGUGCUGUUAUGUUAUCAAACGUUGCUAAAAUGUCUGGUGCUAACCCUGAAAUUGCUGUUACUAUCCCUAAACGUUGCAAUAUUGCUACUCGUCCCGUCGGUUACAAGUGUGGACCUUACACUCUUCCUUGAAAGAGCUGAGGUUAAGGCUGAAAGCAAAGAUAAGUGGGAUAUGCAAUAUUGUUGGUAGCAAUGUUACUAGUAUGGUCACCACAACUUAGUUGUGUUGUAAUGUAACUUUGUUGUUUGUAGUGUGGAUAAGAGCUAUAGCAGCUCACUUGUGUACACCCUUAAUAAAACAUGCAUUUUCAA